AUUGUUGAAUUUUACCCACAUUUGAUACAUAUACCUUGGUACAGCUGGCAUAAACAUACACCGAACGUAAAUAUGCCGUCAAACUAUUUGCAACAUAACUAUACAGAAUUCUUGACAAAGAUUUCGGUUACCGCAUUACACAAGAGAAGUGUAGAACAUCUUCGCUUAUUGACUGCCGAUGUUUUUUAAGAGAUGAUCAAGAAGGCUUCCGAGUUACUCCAUCCAUCGCUGCUUAGCAACGCUCACACACAACGGGAAAUGCUUUCCCGCUUUCAAGCCCUGCCAAGGAUUCGUUUGAGUAAGCAGACAGUUUCGAAAGAAGCCGCUAUACUUAUCCCUGUUUGUCUGGUAGAUGAUAAAGUCAGCUUGCUGUACACAUUGCGGUCAAGCAACAUGCGUAGUCAUCGUGGCCAGGUUUCCUUUCCAGGCGGCAUGAAGGAUGACACGGACCGAGAUUACGAAGAGUGCGCGGUGCGAGAGUUUGCAGAAGAAACGGGCAUACCAAAGGAACAGGUACAUGUGUGGGGAUGCGGUAAAACAAUAGUGCCUUAUGCCGGCCCAUCUAUUACACCGGUCAUCGCGAGCGUUACGGACUAUUCUUUCGACAAACUGAAGCCUAGCUCAGAGGAAGUCGCGAAAGUGUUUACCAUUCCAAUUGAGAUGCUGGCCAAGCCAGAAAAUCGCAGACACACACAGUUCCGCUCAAAUUACAGCAUGCCGGUUUUCCUCCAUGAAACGGAAAAUGUUUGGGGAAUUACCGCUAUGAUUACUCAUAUGUUUCUUACUGCGCUUUUGCCAGGUGCCUACACUAGUCGCUUGCCAUUUUUAAAAAAGUUUGAACCAAAAACAAAUAUUGUUAAAACAUGAUUUAGAGUAAUUGAUUACAACAAGAAAUUAUUAUUGUUACCACAACCAACCUUGGGCUCUUCCUGUUGUUUAUUCAACAAAUGUUAUUGUAUUUUUAUAUCUACGAGGCGUGAUGCGGACGAAUGAAAUUCAUUCAAGGAUUAAAUACAACUGGUCCAUAUUCGCCGU